UCUUUACAGAUAAAAGAGAAAUAGAAGGUAAAAGAAGAUGCUGGGAUCUGAACGUAGUGUUGUGGAAGAAUGGUUAUCAGAAUUCAAGGCAUUACCUGACACUCAGAUCACCAGUUAUGCAGCAACUUUACACCGGAAAAAAACACUUGUACCAGCCCUCUAUAAAGUUAUUCAAGAUUCUAAUAAUGAGCUCCUGGAACCUGUCUGCCAUCAGCUGUUUGAACUGUAUCGUAGCUCUGAAGUUCGACUCAAGAGGUUCACAUUGCAGUUCUUGCCAGAAUUGAUGUGGGUUUAUUUACGGCUUACAGUUAGCCGAGACAGACAGAGUAAUGGUUGCAUUGAAGCACUUCUGUUAGGAAUUUACAAUUUGGAAAUUGCUGAUAAAGAUGGAAACAAUAAAGUUCUAUCUUUCACUAUUCCUUCCUUAUCCAAGCCUUCAAUAUAUCACGAACCCUCAACAAUUGGAUCCAUGGCUUUGACAGAAGGAGCAUUGUGCCAGCAUGAUCUCAUCAGAGUAGUUUAUAGUGAUCUUCAUCCUCAGAGGGAAACAUUCACUGCACAAAACCGGUUUGAAGUUCUGAGUUUUCUCAUGCUGUGUUAUAAUUCUGCUAUUGUGUAUAUGCCUGCCUCGUCUUACCAAUCUCUUUGUCAGAUGGGCUCCAGGGUUUGUGUGAGUGGGUUUCCACGGCAACAUGAAAAACAUUGGAAAGAACUCUGCGGUCGAAUAGUAUUGGAUCCUGAAUUUAUGGUGCAGCUUCUCACAGGGGUUUAUUAUGCUAUGUAUAAUGGACAGUGGGACCUUGGCCAGGAAGUUCUUGAUGACAUCAUUUAUAGAGCUCAGCUAGAACUGUUUUCUCAACCACUAUUGGUUGCCAAUGCCAUGAAAAACUCAUUACCAUUUGAUGCUCCUGAUUCUUCACAAGAAGGCCAGAAAGUACUUAAAGUGGAAGUCACUCCAACAGUGCCGAGGAUUUCUCGGACUGCAAUUACAACAGCUUCAAUCCGUCGUCACAGAUGGAGGAGAGAAGAUGGCUUUGACUUCUCAAACGAGGCUGACUCGAGUAUUCCUGGCUCCCCGAUCCAACUCGGCUCCACUGACCUAGGGAUCAAACGUGUGCAAGAGGGGGAGGUGCUGGUGCGCAGGACCCCUGAGCAUGGCUCGUCGGAGCCCAACUCAGCAGCAGCCACAACAGAGGGUGCUGAGGGUAUAAAUGGAGGAGAAGAGUCUGUAAACCUGAAUGAUGCAGAUGAAGGAUUUUCAUCAGGGGCUUCCCUCAGCAGUCAGCCAAUUGGGACCAAACCAUCCUCCUCUUCUCAGAGGGGAAGCUUAAGGAAAGUAGCAACUGGGCGGUCAGCCAAAGAUAAAGAAACAGCUUCUGCCAUCAAAUCCAGUGAGAGCCCUCGAGAUUCAUUAGUUCGCAAGCAGUAUGUACAGCAACCAACUGAUCUUAGUGUAGAUUCAGUUGAGCUGACACCAAUGAAAAAACACCUGAGCCUGCCUGCUGGCCAGGUGGUGCCAAAAACCAAUAGUUUAAGUCUAAUCCGGACAGCCAGUGCUUCCUCAAGUAAAUCAUUUGACUAUGUAAAUGGCAGUCAAGCAAGUACCAGCAUUGGGGUUGGCACUGAGGGAGUUACUAAUUUAGCAGCUAACAGUGCUAAUCGAUAUUCAACUAUCAGUCUACAGGAAGACCGGCUAGGUCAAACUGGUGAAGGUAAAGAGCUCCUCAGCCCAGGAGCCCCCUUAACCAAGCAGUCUCGAUCCCCAAGUUUUAAUAUGCAGCUAAUAUCCCAGGUGUAGUUUUGACAUCCUCUCUUCUCUUUCUGCUUACCUUUUAAACUGAACAUAUUUCAUUGUGUAAGAAGACACUUCAUCCCACAUUGUGAAAAUACUGGUCAUCAUAAUGAGAUUUGAUUUAGUUUAGGUAUCUUCAUACUGUAUUUUGUAUGGAAACAGCAAUAAGGUUUUCUUUUCCCUCCUUCCUAUAUCUUCUCUUCACCUAUUCCUUGUAAAUGUGUUUGUGAAGCAGUAUAAAAUGUUUGCCUUUUCUAUGCCUUCCUUUCUCCUUGGGUGAUGUGCAAUCCAUCGUAGGCUGAUCGGUCCCAUUUCAACACUGUGAGCUGAGGGUACAUAAGAGGAAAUGGUGUAUAUGAUCCCUAUGAAAUGAUUCUUUGGCUUUUGCUUAAAAACAAAACAAAACGGGUUUGUUUUCAUAAUCUAUAGAACUAUGAAGAUUACUGGAUCAUAUUUUUUUCUCUCUUAACCAGGAGUGCCUCAGAGAUUCUGCUAUGACUUUGGACUUCUCUGAGUCUGUGCAAUCAUAUUCUGGAAAAGCAUGGGGAAAGGUGGUAGAUUGCUGCUCUUUUUCAUUAAAAUGAGGGUAGCUCUUUUUUCCCCCAUCUCCUUUAUCUCGAGGACAUAAAUGUUCAAUUACUGAGGCAUUUAAAUCAAGUUGUGACCACCUCCAUUGGAGGGCAGGGCUCUAAGUUGAUUGUGUAAUUGAUAAUGCACUUUCUCAGUGGCUCUAUAGUCAUUAUUAACAUGUCUUCCCUCUUCCCCACAAGGACAUAAGGUCAUUUCUGUCCUUAAAAUUUGAACAACUAACAAAUCAGAGAAUCCAAGAGGCAAGUUGUUUCCCAGGAAUGAUUGACACUUUGGUGCUGGGGUUUUGUGGGGGGAGGGGUAGUUUUUGUUUGGCUCGUGUGGGAUUGUGCGUGUGAGGGGAGGUUUUGAUUGUUUUUUUUCUUUACCUUUGUGAACUGAUGAUGACUGAAGUAGAAUAGUACAUCUUCAGGUAAAGAGAGGGAUUUCUCAAUCCACUUUCUGUGAUGUCAGACUAUUAGAGAAACCCUUUCAGCUGCUUUCUGGAUGUAUCUAAAUUCAGUCAGAUAUUUUGGAUUAAGAAACCUGAAGACCUGAUAGAUCACAUACUCCAAGGAACUGUAUCAGGGACAGAUAAUUGGCUGAAAACACUGAUGCUUCAAUGUGACACAUUUUUUUUAGAACAUUUCUACCAGGGGGUACUGACUUGAUUUCUCCUACAAGGACCACACUGCCUUUGUGUUUAAUGUAAUGCAAUUUGUGGACACUCUAAUCAUAUAUCUGCAAAGUUUCUCAUUUUUUAUAAAACUUUGAAAUCAUGCCAGUAAGCUAGAUAUUGAAUGUAUGUAAGUAGCAUUUGGUAACUGCUGAAAGGCUUAAAAAAAAAAAAUACAUUAUUGGUUAAAAAAAAUUUAGUUCUGAUUUGGUUCAAUAAGAUUUUAUUAUAACCUCUUCUAGGUCUCAGGCACUAAUGUUUGAAAAAGAAGGGAAUAUAUUCAGUUUUUAAAAAUCAGUGUAUUGUGAUUUGAACUGCUAUAAGUUAUCCUUCCACAAAAUACAUCAGAGCAAUUAGUGCUUUGUACAUGUAUAUGUUUUUACUUUAUUAUUGUGAAAGAAAAAUAUACUGAAUUUAUAGAAAGCAAGUAUUCUCCUAAUUAACAAAGUUUAAAAUUUUAUCUCUACCAAUUAAAAUUAUGAUAGAUUUUGAUAAAUAGAAAAAUGCCUCUUGUUUUUUUCACACCUAAAAAUUCCCCCCUUUUAUUUACUAUAAGAACAUUUUUUUUAAAGAGGGACUUUCUGUUAGAAUUUUUAUAAGAAUAAUGAGAUGCUUGUUUGAAUUUAGUAAUCUGUAACAUUUUUCAGCUCAUAUGAAAAUGGAAAACUGUAAUAGAACCUGAACUAGUAUCUACAACAUUGCCAAAGUCUGGGGUAAAGAUAAAAGUUGAUAAAUAGACAAUUUAUUGAUUUUGUGUGUAUGAGUGUGUGUGUGUAUAUAUGAUGUGUAUAUGUAUAUAUCACAGAGACAUAUUUUAGAUAUCCGUUGGAUGUCAAAUAAAUGAAAAGAAUUUAAAAACAGCCAAAAUAAAUGAGGUGUAAAGGUCUAUAACAUGGUAAGGAUGGCAGAGUUUCAGGUAUGUAAGAAAAGAAGCAUUGUGCUUACCUGGGAGCGAGAUCU